GAGGGCAGGUGUGGCUGCUGGAGCUGGAGCAGAAUCAAGUUUCCCUCGACACACAGCAGUCCGUUCUGACAUAAGAACACACAGAAGGGUUUGAAGAUGCUGCUCCAGCUACUCUCUGUCCUCUGGGAGGCCUUGUCCCUGCAGGUUGUUCUGGUGUUUCUGGCAACAUUUCUACUUCUUGCUGAUUACAAGAAACAGAUUUGCCCAAGGAAUUACCCCCCAGGGCCCACUCCUCUUCCCUUUCUGGGUAACAUACUAUAUUUGGAUUUCAAGAAGCCUCAGAUUUCGGCACGAAAGCUUGCAGAAAAAUAUGGCAAUAUAUUCGGCCUUCAGACUGGAAACAUAAGGAUUGUGGUUGUGAAUGGAUUGCACCUGGUGAAAGAGGCUCUUGUCCACCAGGGAGAAUAUUUUGUAGAUCGACCAAAAUCCCCUGUUCUUGAUAAGGUAUUUGGGUCACUUGGGCUGGUCUUCUCUAAUGGUCUCAGCUGGAAACAUCAAAGACGGUUUGCCUUAUCAACACUCAGAAACUUUGGUUUGGGCAAAAGGUCUUUAGAAGAAAGAAUACAGGAGGAGAGCCGUUAUCUAAAGGAAGCAAUAGAAGCUGAGAAAGGGCAGCCAUUUGACCCUCACUUUCAGAUUAAUAAUGCUGUUUCAAAUAUCAUCUGUUCCAUCACUUUUGGGGACCGCUUUGAUUACCAUGACAGUCGUUUCCAGAAGCUACUGCACUUGCUUGAUGAGGCAUUGCUUCUUCAGGGAAGUUUUUGGACUCGGGUGUACGAUCUCUUUCCCUCUGUCAUGAAGCACCUGCCGGGGCCCCAUCACACACUUUUUAAAAAAUGGGGUCAGUUGAAAUCCUUUGUGAAAGAAAUCAUUGAAAAACACAAGAAAGACUGGAACCCAUCUGAACCCAGAGACUUCAUUGAUGCCUACCUAAGUGAAAUGGCCAAGGAGGAUUCUGCUUCCAGUUUCCAUGAAGAAAACCUUCUACAUUCAGCACUGGAUCUGUUUCUAGCUGGAACGGAAACAACUUCUACAACCCUGCGUUGGGGUUUGCUGUAUAUGGCCAUUUAUCCAGACAUUCAAGCAAAAGUCCAAGCGGAAAUAGAUUCUGUGAUUGGCCAGUCUCGCCAGCCAGUGAUGGAUGACAGGGACAGCAUGCCGUAUACCAAUGCUGUUGUUCAUGAAAUUCAAAGAAUAAGCAACAUUAUACCUUUGAAUGUGCCCCGAGUGACAACUAAGGACUGUACACUGGCUGGGUUUCAUAUUCCCAAAGACACUUUAUUACUCACCAACUUGACCUCACUACUCUUUGACGAGGAUGAGUGGGAAACACCCAAUGUGUUAAAUCCUGGUCAUUUCCUAGAGAAUGGUCAGUUCAGGAAAAGGGAAGCGUUUUUGCCAUUCUCUGCAGGAAAAAGAGCUUGUCUUGGAGAGCAGUUGGCAAGGACCGAGCUCUUCAUUUUCUUCACCGCCCUAAUUCAGAAGUUCACUUUCCAGGCACCAAAGGAUGUGACAUUAAGCCGUGAAUUUAGGAUAGGUCUGACCGUGUCUCCUCUGCCAUACCGGAUUUGUGCAUUCUCUCGCUAAGGGGACCCAAUUUAUAGCAUUGUCAUUCUUUAAAAAAAGUAGAAUUAGUUUAUGGGGUAGAAGCAGAUCUAUGGCUUAAUCCUAAUUGUGUUUAGCCAGAAUUCAGUAGGGCUUAACCCAGGUAAACAGGGUUGGGAUUGCAGCCUGUUCCUUUAAAGCAGAGGUUUCCACACUUUUUAGACCUGCAUCAUUUCGCGACACAGUUAUUCAGUUUUAAAAGCAAACCAGAGGUUAAACUAACCCCUUAUAAGAGAUACAGACAUAUAUCAUGCAACACCCCUGAACACUGCAGUCAACACACUAAUGUGUCGUGACACAAGCUUUGGAAAGCUCUGCUUUAAAGCAUA